UCACCGCCUGCAGCAGGGCAAGGCAGUGCACAACCGGUUACUGCAGGGCACAGCAGGCUCCUGCACAGAACAGCGGGGCACAGCAGUGCACGGGAAGGUGCCGCAGGUUUCUGUAGGGCACAGCAGGGCUCGUGAAGCUGUGCGAAUUACUUCCCACGUCGAAGAAAAGGGGCCUGAGUUCGGAGGAAAAGCGAACGAAAAUGAUGGAGAUAUUUUUCGAAACGAAGGACGUGUUCCAGCUGAAGGACUUGGAGAAGAUCGCUCCACGGGAAAAGGGCAUCACUGCGAUGUCGGUGAAGGACGUGCUGCAGAGCGUGGUGGACGAUGCCUUGGUGGACACCGACCGCAUCGGCACCUCCAACUACUACUGGGCCUUCCCCAGCAAGGCCCUGAACUCCCGGCAGAACAAGCUUAUGGCCCUGGAGGCACAGCUGAAAGAGGGGGAGGCGCGGCGCAAGGGCCUACAGGAGAGCGUGGUGAGGGCUACGGCGGGCCGGGAGGACACGGAGGAACGCGCCGAGCUGCUGCAGGAGCUGGCGCGGCUGCGCUCCUACAAGGAGAAGCUGCAGGCUGAGCUGGAUAAACAUCGCGAGUGCGACCCCGAGGUCGUCAGCGGCCUCCGAAAAGAGAACGAGAUAGCCAAGGAUGCCGCUAACAGAUGGACAGACAAUGUGUUCUCCAUCAAGUCGUGGGCCAAGAGGAGGUUCGGGCUGGAGGAGGAUCAACUGGACAAGUCCUUCGGGAUUCCUGAGGAGUUUGACUACAUCGAGUAACGAUCGGGGAUUUGUCCCAGCCGGCACACCACGUCCAGUAUACCCCUCCUCUUGGCCGCGGCUACUCGUCGCAGCCAAAGUGGACAGCAGCAUGAAUCCCACGUGGAGCCCUCUUGAUGAGUUGACGACACGUGGUGUUUUCCCGGUUGGCCCGUCUAUUUCUCCGACGCGUGUUCAUGCUGUACCGCAUCGUCGUUCAGUGUGAUGUCCGACGUUUCCUUCCACGCACCGGGAGCCAAAUUCAGUUCCUGCAGAAGCUGUCGGCACGAGGACUGGAACGUCAUCGACGCCGUUCCCUUCGUCUCCGCGCGCUUUCCCACAUCUUUGACUUCCUAAUUUAGACCUCGUCCCCUCCUCUGCUCCCAUCUCUUCCAAGUGGUCACCUUGCCAGCGUGGAAGAGUAGGCCAACUACCAUCUAGAGCUACGGCCGGUGGAAGCAACGCCCGCCAGCAAGGGGCGUGUACAAGCCAUUGCAGGGCUGCACCUGUGUCUCGACCAACUGCAGGCUCUGCCAGAAAUUAAUGAAUCCCUGGUGACCACCAAAGCCUUUGACAGGCCACUUGCCUGUGGUGGACACGGUGGGUGGAGGUAGCGGUGUUUCACUCCUUCCACACCCGUGCGUGGCGAUUCCGCGACUCGCUCUGGGUGGUGGCUCUGACCCUGACCAAAACCUGAACCCUAUCCGUGACCUUAUCUCAAAACCCGAUUCGCCUGACCCUUAUCCUGCCCAUCCUGUUGUACCCAUACAUAGUUGCGUCUCGAUCGAUUCAAUUGGCAGCAACGGUGUUUUUAACAAUGGGGGGGGGUGUUCUGGGCUUUUCGCAUUUGUGAGUGCUGGUUGUGAGGGCCUAUAAGGACGCUUUUGUUUAAACGUGUGUGUGCUCAUAUGUGUCCAUGUGUGUUUUCACGGUUGCGCUAUCUCUCCGAUGCAUUUUUCGGAUCGUGCCGCUUACGUGUUGUUCGGGCACGGUGUCCGAUGUUUCGCUCCACAUGCUGGCUAAUUGUUCAGGAACUGAAUCGCAUCAGAGAGCUGCUGCGCGUGAGUGAGACUGCACCUCUGUGUUGAUUGAUCCAUGGACCGGAGCAGACAUUCAGCUGAGGUUCCAGCUCGGCACCAUCGUUAUUCUAUCAUCUGAUAUCUCCACUCUUUUCAAGAGGUUAUCAUUAAUUCACUGUUGUUGGCCACGUAAAGGAAUUGGGACCUCUAAGGUUACACCACCUCUGGUGGAACCGACAACAUUAAAUAUCUGAAAACAAACUCAACACAUUCUUCAUUAACACUGUGUGUGCGGCCUUAAAAUAAAACAAAUGUAAUAAAAGACGUUUCGGGCAUUGGUCCUCCUCCGAUGUAAUAUAUUGACGAA